GGUAGAGCUGAGCCCAUCCGGCUGUUGCUGGCUGAUCAAGGAGCCUCCUGGACAGAGAAGGAAGUUCAGAUCGGUGAUUGGUUUGCUGGAAAAUGUGAACUGAAGAAGACUGCAGUCUUUGGACAACUGCCUAAAUUUCAACGCGCUGACUUUGUUUUGUAUCAGAGCAAUGCCAUCUUGAGGUACCUGGGACAUGAAUACGGAAUUGCUGGUAGUACUAAAGAAGAAAGUGCAGUUAUCGACAUGGUGAAUGAUGGAGUGGAAGAUUUGAGGCAGAAAUUCAGCCGCUUUAUUUUCAUGGAAUUCGAAACUGGGAAGGAGAAAUACCUGCAGGAUCUACCUAAUCAGCUGUCACCAUUUGAAAGGAUUCUUUCUAAUAAUGCAAAUGGAACCAAAUUUGUAGUGGGAGAUAAGAUCUCAUUUGCUGACUACAAUCUCCUGGACAUGGUUCACUGUCACCUUGACCUUGAUCCAAAAUGCUUAGCUUCCUUCCCUCUCCUGUCAGCUUACAGUCAACGCCUUGACAAACGUCCAAAGCUGAGUGAAUACCUGAAAUCAGAAGCCCGCAACAAGCGUCCUAUUACCCCUAAACACAAAUGA